AUGCUUAGACCUAAUGAUUUUACUUUCUUAGAAGCAUCUCUUGUCCCAAAAUCCAUAAAUUGGUGUAUUUUGUGUUAUGGACAUAAAGAGCUGUACUUCCAGGCUCUUGAAGGAACUUUGAGUGAUAAAAUCCAGGACCUAUUAGCUAUAAGUGUCCCGUGCAAGAGGAAUAAGUCUACUAAAGCUUCCUCUCGCAGUGACUAUUCUGAGGAAACUGUCAAGGCAUUCCUUGAAACCCUCAACAAAGAGCACACUGCGAACCUUGACAAAACAAACAAGGUUGUUGAUGAAUCUGCAAACUUUUGCAAGGAGACGACCCAAAAAGUUGAUAAACAAAUUUCUGAUGCUCGAUCCUUUAUGAGUACUUUUCAGAAUUCUUUUGAGACAAACACUGCAAAGGCGAAUGCGAUGAUAACCAGUCUUGGAUCUACCCUUCGUACUGAGAAGGAUCAUAUUGAGAAUGUCUGCACUGGCAUCAAAACUAACAACACAGAGUUUCACUCUUCCAUCUCUUCCAAAAUAGACAAGCUUCAUGAAGAUUUGGCUAUAAAGAACAAAAUAAUGCAUAAGCUCCCCAUCAAAACAAAAAAAAAUGAAGGUCCUAUCUAUCUGGCUAGCACAUGUUGA